GUGGUACUGAAGGGUGCCCCCGGACAACCCGGAACUAUUUUACGGACCGUCCCCAUGGGAGGUGUACGUCUCGUCUCCCCGGUAACGGUUUCCGGUGUCAAACCUAACGUCACCACCCUGGUCGUCAAGGGAACCACGGGUGUGACUACGUUGGGUACGGUGACUGGCACAGUGUCGACCAGCCUGGCAGGAGGAAGUGUUACCACCGCUGCUCCUAUCACCACCUUGGGCACCAUGACGACCCUGCCUGGACAGGUCACCGUCUCCGCAGCACAGGCAGGAGGCCAGGCCACCCAGGUGACCUUAAUCACUACCCCUAGCGGUGUGGAGGCUCAGCCUGUCCAUGACCUUCCUGUCUCCAUCCUGUCCUCCCCCACCUCCGCCGACCCCUCCUCCACCCAGCCCGAGGCAGGCGACCCAGGCACCGUGACCCUGGUCUGCUCGAACCCCCCCUGCGAGACCCACGAGACUGGCACCACCAAUACAGCGACCACAGCCUCCGCUAACAUGACUGGUAAUGGUGGGGUGGAGCGGGUGUGUUCAAACCCGCCGUGUGAAACCCACGAAACCGGAACCACCAACACCCAGACUACGGCGUCCUCCAACAUGGGCCAGGUACAGCAGGUGUGCACCAACCCGCCGUCAGAGACCCACGAUACAGGUACCACCAACACCCAGACGACGGCGUCCUCCAACAUGGGCCAGGUGCAGCAGGUGUGCACCAACCCGCCGUCAGAGACCCACGAUACCGGUACCACCAACACCCAGACGACCGCCAGCUGUAACAUGGGAUCCAACCAGCAACAACAACAAGGCUCCUGCGUAAUCGACAACACCAGCGGGUCUGAUCCCCCGUCCUCUCCGCCCCCCUCUUCCGGAGCCCUCUCCCCGUCGUCUGUCUCUGGUACCAGCUCUGUGCCCGGGGUGCUACGACCGGAGACUCUGAGAACAGGGACCACCUACACCUCGACCACCGCACGCUCUAACAUGGGCUCUGACAAGAUGGGCAUGACGCUCAGCUCCUCGUCCUCAGAUAACCAGAGCAAGUCAUCCGGUGGUGGUGGAGGAGGAGGAUCCCCCCUCACCUCUCCUGUCUGCUCCAAUCCACCUUGUGAAACACACCAGACAAGCCCCACUGAGGCCGGAGCUGGAGGCAGCAGCGACACACAGGUCUGCUCCAGUCCACCUUGUGAAACACGCCAGACUGGCACUACCACUACGUCGACGCAGGCCAACUCCAGUAUGGGCAGCGGGCAGACGACAGGGACCGUGCAAAAGGUGUGUUCCAACCCGCCGUGUGAAACGCACGAGACGGGCACCACCAACACCCCGUCUCAGACUACGUCCAACCUGGCGGGGACGGGGACAGGCACGGUCCAGAGGGUGUGUUCCAACCCGCCGUGUGAAACGCACGAGACGGGCACCACCAACACCCCGUCUCAGACUACGUCCAACCUGGCGGGGACGGGGACAGGCACGGUCCAGAGGGUGUGUUCCAACCCGCCGUGUGAAACGCACGAGACGGGCACCACCAACACCCCGUCUCAGACUACGUCCAACCUGGCGGGGACGGGAACGGGCACGGUCCAGAGGGUGUGUUCCAACCCGCCGUGUGAAACGCACGAGACGGGCACCACCAACACAGCUACCACAGCCCAGCCUGGUGACUCGACACAAGGAGACAACGGAACUACAGAGGUUCCCUCGUCGUCCUCGGCAACCACCGAGACCAGUGCAUCGACGACAUCUGGCAGAGCCGUCACCACGGUUACUCAGUCCACGCCCACACCUGGGCCCUGCGUACCUGAGAUCUCAUCAAUGUCUGGGUCGUCCGAGGCGGUGGCAUCGGGGGCUGAAGAGGAAGAGGAGGCCAUGCAGACCGACUCUCUCCCAGAGGGCACAGUGAGGGUCGUGACCCUGGAGGAGGCUGCUGCAGCUGGGAUACAUGUCCAUGUGGAGGGCAUGGAGGAACAAAACCAGGGGGAGCAGGAGGGACUUCCUGCGGAGCUGAUGUCUGAAGGCGGCUCGGGGGGCCAGCAAACCCUGAUGGUGACGGGUUUAACCCCCGAGGAGCUGGCUGUUACCGCUGCUACUGAGGAGGCUAACGCCCAGGCCAAGGCCAUACAGGCUGUCCUGCAGGCCGCACAGCACGCUGUCAUGAAUGAAGGAGACGGUGGCCAUCAGACCACCACCAUCCCCAUUGUGUUGACUCAGGCUGAGCUGGCAGCCCUGGUACAACAACAGCAGCAGCUGCAGGAGGCCCAGGCCCAGGCUCAGGCCCAGGCUCUUGCUCAGGCCCAGGCCCAGGCCCAGGCUCUUGCUCAGGCCCAGGCUCAGGCCCAGGCUCUUGCUCAGGCCCAGGCUCUUGCUCAGGCCCAGGCCCAGGCUCAGGCCCAGGCUCUUGCUCAGGCCCAGGCAGCAGUAAGACAACACAACCAGCCCACCGAGGGCCUGGCCCCAGCAGACAGCCUGAACGACCCGGCGUCAGAGACUAACGCCGAUGAGUUGGCUGCUGCAGUGACCCAGGCGGUGGCCCGGCUAGCCCCGUCCUGCACCUUAACCCCCACUCAGACAAUGAUGGUGGCCAGCCCGGCUAAGAUACAGGCAGCUACGACCAUGGCAGAGGUGGUCAAUGGAAUAGAGUCUGCUGCUUUGAGGCCAGGACUGCCUCCUGCGGUGGUCAAAGCCCCGCUGAAGAAAGACAACCAGUGGUUUGACGUUGGCAUCGUCAAGGUCACCAACACGGUGGUCACGCACUACUACCUACCCGACGAAGACGCGGCUGCUGCUGAUGAUGACUCUGGGACGAUCCCGGACUACAGUCAGAUGAGGAAGAUCGAUCUCCAGCCAGGGACGGCCUAUAAAUUCAGGGUGGCCGGGAUCAACACAUGUGGCCGGGGGAACUUCUCAGAGGUCUCCGCCUUCAAGACGUGUCUACCAGGCUUCCCCGGAGCUCCCUGUGCUAUCAAGAUCAGCAAGAGCCCAGACGGCGCCCACCUGACCUGGGAGCCCCCGUCGGUCACAUCUGGUAAGAUCAUUGAGUACUCGGUGUACCUGGCCAUCCAGAGCGCCCAGAGCGGGGAGCAGGCCAAGCCCACCACCACCACCACCCCAGCCCAGCUGGCUUUCAUGCGGGUGUUCUGUGGGCCUAACCCCUCCUGCCUGGUGCAGUCGUCCAGCCUCUCCAACGCACACAUAGACUACACUACCAAGCCUGCCAUCAUCUUCCGUAUCGCAGCCCGCAACGAGAAAGGUUACGGCCCUGCCACGCAGGUCAGGUGGCUCCAAGAGAUUAGUAAAGAUGGCCUUGCAGGUAAACCUACUGUUAAGAGACCAGGCUCCUCGCCUGACAUGAAAGCUGCUGGUCCAAAGAAGGCCAGAUCAGACCAGUGAGGAGGGUUUCCUUCCUCUCCCCUUGUUGUCCAUGAUGACUAUGACUGAACUGAAAACAACACUUUCCUACUGAAUACAAUACCCCUAGGCUCCACCCGGACCCCAACCUCUACCAGAACCCCAUCUAACCCUACAACAGCACAUCCUGAACCCAGACCAGGCUCCACCCGGACCCCAACCUUUACCAGAACCCCAUCUAACCCUACAACAGCACAUCCUGAACCCAGACCAGGCCCCAUCCUGAACCCAGACCAGGCCCCAUCCUGAACCCAGACCAGGCUCCAUCCUGAACCCAGACCAGGCCCCGUCCUGAACCCAGACCAGGCCCCGUCCUGAACCCAGACCAGGCCCCGUCCUGAACCCAGACCAGGCCCCGUCCUGAACCCACACCAGGCCCCGUCCUGAACCCACACCAGGCCCCGUCCUGAACCCACACCAGGCCCCGUCCUGAACCCACACCAGGCCCCGUCCUGAACCCACACCAGGCCCCGUCCUGAACCCACACCAGGCCCCGUCCUGAACCCACACCAGGCCCCGUCCUGAACCCACACCAGGCCCCGUCCUGAACCCAGACCAGGCCCCGUCCUGAACCUACACCAGGCCCCGUCCUGAACCCACACCAGGCCCCGUCCUGAACCCACACCAGGCCCCGUCCUGAACCCACACCAGGCCCCGUCCUGAACCUAGACACCAUCCUGUACCUAGACCAGGCCCAACAACCCAUCAGUCACAAAAUGGCUGUAAAAUAGAUAAAGCUGAGAAACGCCAGAUCCCCUGCCCUCAUCACUGGACGUUGUGGUGCCGAGGACGCCUUAUUUCAUUCUUCUGUAUUUCUUAUUGUAUUAUUAUUAUUAUUGAUAUUAUUAUUGAUAUUUACUUGUUUAAACCAUGGAAAGCGCAUAAUUAACUUUUUAUUUUCCUAUGAUAUGAUUUUCUGAGGAAUCAAAAUUUAAAAAAACUUCAGUCUGGUCUAACUGUAGUUGCUAGAUAGUUCUCUAGUCUCUUUCAUGCGUUUCCUCUCCCCUGUUUAUCUACACAAGCAAUAGACAAUACAAAUAACUGCUCAUAAUACAAUCUAGUGUAUCUCAUUAUGUCAUUGGAGAGGGGAGGUGUGUGGGCAUCAGUAGGUUGCAUUCAGAAGAAUCAGAUGGUUGCUAUAGGAGACAGUUGGAUCAUAAGAAGAUGAUGUCAUUGUCACAUCGUCAUGGAGAUUUAAUAAAUACACCAAACGGACAGCGGGACGUUGGGGGGGGGGGGGGCGGACAGUGUUCUCCAUUCCAGGGGAAUCCUCAUCAACCAAUCAAUACUCUGUAUCUGUCCCGGCUGUCAUCUUGCUUUGUGACAUCACUGUGUUUUAAUGUGUAGCUAUGUCAGAGAGGAGACCGAGUUAAAGGAUUAGCUUCAGAAAAAAAUACCUGUGGUCCCUGUAGGUUUAGGAGACUGCUUUAUUCUCCCUCUAGUUGACUAUCUACUCUGGUAGUUUCUCUGCUUUCAUUGGAGGAAUUUGUUGAACAGUGAUUGGCUGACUGCCAGGGUGACAGUGAUUGGCUGACUGCCAGGGUGACAGUGAUUGGCUGACUGCCAGGGUGACAGUGAUUGGCUGACUGCCAGGGUGAAACAACCCAAUACAUAUUUUAUAACCUGAUUUGACAGUUUCAGAAUCGGUGGUGUAACGAACGAUUUACGUAACAAUGACUUUUUGUACUUGCUCUGCUGCAGAACAUAAGAUUAGUCAGAAAAAGAGGAGUGGAUUGUUUUAUUUUUGUUAAUUUUUUUAUUAAAGGAAUUAAUUUGCUGAAAAAAAAUAUUUAUUUUCAUCUUUCCCCUUCUCAAUCUGUUGAUAUUCCAUAGUAGAAUUAAUUUGUUCGACUAUGGAAUUCAAAAGGUUAUUUUUAUUUUCCCAAGGCUUGUUUUAUUUUUGUUUUUUUUAGAUAAAUCCCAGUUUAUUCUCAGAAAUGUUCUGCCCCCAAAUUGUGGAGAAACUUUUCGUAUUGAUAACCAUUUGACAUUUUGUUUUUGGUGUAUUAUGUGUUAAGGUAUGCAAGUGUGUAACGUGACUAGUGUUUUUGAACGGAGAGGUUUUUAGUUACCUAGUGGUGGGAUAUGAUGGCAGGAAGAGUGAUUGAUUGGCUCAGCUAGUAUCGGUUCAAUUGUAAAUAAGUUCCUUCACGUAGCAAGAAGUUAAAAAAAAAAAAAAAAAAAACUGCUUUUUAUAUAAUUAUCUGUAACAAAAAUGUUUUUACAUGUUUGUCAUCUCGGUUGCUUUGUCUAGAUAUAAAAAUAAUAAUAAUUAAAAAGGAAAUGUCUUCCUGCUCUGUCUUGUUCUCGCUUCUGUUUUUCCUCAUUGACUAUAACCCAGAACCCUUGUUGAUAUCGUCGUUAUGGUUAUAAUGCCCAAGAUGCAUUGGCAGGCAGGGACGUCAGGAGGUUGUAUUAAGAACCAAACAUAGAAAUAGAAUCUAGAAUAGAUUGUUGGAAUAGAUUAUAUUUCUAUGGAAGCAACAGCUAGCUGAUGAAGUUUUUGAGCUUUUGUUCAAUCUGAUCUGACAGAUGUUUGGGGAUUAAACUGUUUGUGAAUAUUACUAUGGAAAAUAAAACUUUUUUUAGUGCA